CGAUGAUGCGAAGAAAGGGUUUCAACUAGACGUCGUGGUAGAAGCUAGUGGGUUCGGGCGUCAAGAAAUGAAGGCCCUUGAACAGUAUAUGGACUCCGUGAAGAUGGAUCGCGCGGACAGCGACGAAAGCGACGACGGCAGCGAGGAAGAGGAGGAGGAAGAGGAAGGAGAGGAGGGCGGAGACGGCGAGGAUGGCGAUGCGGCUGAGGACCAGGUGCCGUCGGAGGGCGAGAAGGGGCAAAGGAGGUCCGAGGAGGGGUCUAGACUCGACCAAGAUGGGACGAGUGAGGCUUCCCAUCCCACCAAGGCUAAAUUGUCGAAGUCACCGUCAGAGCGUCGAUCGACAUCGCCGGCCGGUCGUUUCCAUUCUGAUUCAGCAUCCUCGCGCUCUCCAUCACCGACUCUGGACGAGCAAACCGCUUCCCUCUCUCUGUCAACCUCGCAUCACGCAGACAUCGUAAGGGAAAAGGCCGCCGUGGACGUGUCCAAGCACCAGGCGCAGCAGCAGCGCAAAUUCCAUUCCAAACGCGGGGCUCAUCGCGCCGGCAGGCCAAAGGGCAGCAAGGGCAAGCAGGACACCAGAAUCAAAUUAGACAGAGGCGGGAUGUGGGAUUGACGCCCUACCUCGCUAAGUAUCUCAUGACCCCUGGACUACUAACGGCUACUUAAUUGUAUGUACAAUAUCAACGGGCGCUCGAUACGACGCCGUGGCACGCUUGUCCAUGACCAUCC